AUGGUGCUGCAGGCGCCGAAGGCCGCGGCUGCAGGGGGCAAAGCUGCGCGCAGGAGCGGGGGAAUCAGACCGAGUCUCGGGAGGACCCGGUGGCCAGCGCCGGUGGGGGAGGGGAGGACGAGGAUGCGCAGGAACCGCCCCGGGAAACUGAGGCUGGGGGCGGGGGCGUCCCCCGGGACCUCCUGCCGCGCACCGCAGCCCUACCCAACCAUCCGGCUUCCGGGGAUCCCCCCCACCUGGGACGGGGUUCGGGCGAGCGGGGACUCAGCAAAGAGGGCGGGGCCGGCCUGGCUUGGGGGGGAUCUCAGCCGGGGCCCGGCCCCGCGGCAGGACGGGAGCCUCCAGGAGAACGGGGGUCCCGAGCACGGCGGCAGGGCUAGGGGUGCGGCCCCCAGCCCCUCUCAGCGGGUACGGCCGGAGCUUGAAGGGCGGCGCUGGCGGCAGCUGCGGGCGGGGGCUGCGGCGCCGCGAGCACAAAGCGCGGCCCCUCCCACUGGGGCGGGGCGGGGAGGGGGCGCCCCCAGACCCCGGAGGCGGCGGAACCGGGGGCGGGGCUCUUUGUCUCGGCGCGUCGCGCGCCCGGGGCUGCCCCGCCUCCCGCGCUCUCACAGUCUCUGCCUCCCGGGGUCUCGGGCUCCAGCAGCGGCUGCCGGGGACCCGGGUCUGGGGUCUCCCCGCUUCGGGCCUCUCUCGGCUCCGGCCCCCUCGUUCCCUCUGGGGUCUCUCGGCGCGGCCUUGGGAGCCCCCAUCGGUGCCGGGGACCGGGCGGUUUGGGUCCUGGGUCUCUCACUGUCUCUGUGUCUCAAGGUCUCUGCCUGUCUCUGCCUCCCCCCGUCCCCCGCCUCUGCGCCCCCCGCUCCGCCCCGCCCACCCACCUCAUCCCCGCCCCUGCCUUCUCGCCCCGCCCCCGCGCCCACCCUCCCCCUCGCCCCGCCCACCCACAUCGCCUCGCCCCCGCCCCUCCCUCCUCGCCCCGCCCCUGCCCGGCUCCCUCCCCCGCUGCCCCCUCCGGGCUCGUUGCCAGGCUCCGGCUGUCCGGGGCGCACGGCAGGGGAUGCCAACAUCUGGGCGCCUCUUGGCAGCCGCCUGGACGGCAGCGGUUGGAACACUCGGGGCGAAUCUCCGCGACGCGCACUUGGGCAGCGCUAA